UGCUCUCAGUGGACAGCCGUCUGCUCCGGGUCACAGUUGAACAGACACACCAAGUCACACACUCGGCUGCUGCCUGCUUCACUUCAGCUACUAUUUCUGUGUGUAGGGACUCGACAUGAAACGCUGCCUCGGACUCAUCCUGUUGCUCUGUUUUGGGAUGCUCCAUGAGGGUUCUGGGCUUCGCUGCUACAAGUGCUCUGAUUACACCGGACGCUGCGAGAAUGUGCAGGAGUGCACAUAUGAAGACUCGUGCAUCUCUUUGAGUGAGAGAGGUGGGAAGACGAUCCGUCAGUGUAUUAGAUACACAGAUUGCGACAUCUCCCGCCUCACCCAGAUGUUCCCAUCAAUCUCCAGCUUCACGUAUCGAUGCUGCAAUAACAACCUCUGCAACUCUGGCAACACCGUCUCCAUGGCAACACAUGCGCUGACACUGAUGGGGUCUCUGCUGAGCAUCUGGUGGUGUUGGGCAUAAAUUACUGGAGCUGCUCGGUAUUUUACGGUUAAUAUGAACUAAUCUGUGGUUUUCUGUUGUUUAAAAUGUCUCCCAGCUUCUCAGGACUCUUAAAAAUCACAUGGAGUGAAAGAAUAUUUUUUUCUUCUUCUUCUUUCUUUUUUUUUUUUUUUGUUUUUACUAAUUUUCAAAUUCAUGUUCUGUAAGUUUAACAAUAAACUUAACAAAAUGUAGUUCUGGACUGAAAGUAUUUGUUCUUCAAUGUUUGAAUGUUGACAAAUUUCUCACUCAAGUUUAAAUAAAGAAUUAUAGAAAUUGUGUUCAUACUGUAAAAUAUGCAGCUACAAAACGACUCUGGUGUAACUGUACAACUAAACUUAAACCUUUAACAAAUAAAAGCUGUUUAUGAAAAUAGUCCUGCAGAAAAUUCCACUAAAUAUUUAGUUUUUCCUGUGGAGAGAGUUUAACAGAGUCUUGUCUUCAGAUUUCACGAGUUCUUGUGUCCUGUUGAAACAUGAACAGUAUCCUACAAUUUGAAAGUUACAGCUUUAAGAUCAGCUGUUGGAGCUCUCAAUAUGUGACAAAUGUUUCCAGUACACAACAAAACGCAAGACACAAUAGAUAAUGAUGUAUUUAUUGAACAUAAAUUACAUCUUAUAUGGAAAAACCUGAGAACAAUAAAUAUUUUCUAAGCAUAGAGAAAUGUACAGCGAGCAGAACAUCCUGUUCCUUAACUUCACCUCCAGCUUGUACGUGUUCUUUAUUUGUCUCAUCUUCAAUACAUACAUACAUUGGACUUUUGUGAGUGGAAAAUAAAAUACAGCAGAACAAAGUGUCACAAAAAACAGUAGGAAAAGAUGCAGAACACAUGAUCAUGACACAAUACGAUGACUAAAUAGACAAUGAUAUGAGGCAGGUUUGAGUCUGUAGUGAGUUCUGGUCGGAGAAGGGAGUAAAACAACCCCAACAGUCAGUGUGCAGAUGGUGAACCAAAAUAUGACUGAAAAGACAUGUCUCUUUCUGUCAUUGAUGGUUGAUUUGUGCAUUUGUUUUCUUAUUCUUUCUGAUAAACGGUUAAACAAAGUCCUGAAACAACCUAUUCAUCGUUGUUUUAUGUCUCUUUGUUGUCCUUUUUUGUGUCU